AUGAACACAGAACCUGUUAGAGCCAGUUCCGUCCAGCAUGACGAAGGGGAAGUCAGCUGGAGAUCUCGUAUAGCCAGCCUGCAGAAGUCCGACCUGCUGGGUCUGACGCAGCCUGCCGGCUCGGCUCGCCCCGAGGCAUCUGAAAGGAAAGAUGUUGAGUCCAUUACAGGAGAGAGCGAGACUGAAAGAUGGGACAGAGAGCGCAGGGAGAGGCGUCAGGCUCGGGCCAGGAGGAAGGCGCAGCGGAGCGGAGAGGGCGAAGACGUCCAGCCCGCCGCAGAGGAGGAGUUCUCAGGGAGUGGGCCGGAUCCACAGAAAGACAAAGACGCCAGUUCAAGGUUGGACAGCUUGUAUAACAGCCGCGCCCAGAGAGAGGGAUCAGAGGCUAAAGAUUAUAAAAAGCUGUUUGAGGAGGUGUCGAGGGAAAACAGUCAGCUCCAGGCGCAGCUGCAGGACACCCAGAGGAUCAUCAGCCAGACUCGGCUGGAGGUGGAGAAGGCGGCGCAGAGACAAGAGCGCCUGACCGACUGCUCAGCGCUGCUGGAGCUAGAGAGGAAGGACCGGAGGAUGUUGGAGCGGCGCAUGGCAGAGCUGGAGGAGGAGCUAAAGGUGAGGGCCGCUCCUCUUUGCAUGACGCUCAGUCUGGCUGCAGAGCCGCCGCUCGCCGUGUGAUGCGGCGGCCACCUGCCAGCAGCUUUACCAGCGUCUAAUCGGAGAACGCUUUGACUUUAGAACGCCACGAUCUUUGCAUCUGUGUGAAGUUUGCAUUUAUGAGGCUUUAACAGUAAAACCAGGAAGUUAUUACUUAUGGCGAUGUUUGUUUCUAACCUUUGAUGUUUGCUACAUAUUUAAUUAGGAGGAUUCAUGAACCACAAAGAAAAAACUUCUACUCUCUGGAGCUCCAAGAUGGCCUGUUUUCAGUUCUAUUCAUUAUAUUUCUAUAGCUCCAAUUCAGCCAGCUCCCAUGUCAGAGGAUGAAGAGAGCACAUCCA